AUGGUUGCUGAACUAAAAACGAAGUACUGCAAUAUCACGAAAGAAACAAUUAUGGCAUAUUUGCGACUCUGCGUACACUGCCAGAAGAAAUCGUCUCGUCCAAAGAAAGGUCUGGUAACAAAGCCUGUAUUGCACUCUGCAUUAAAUUCCCGGGCUCAAGUAGAUCUCAUCGAUAUGCAAUCCCAAAGCUAUCACGACUUUCGUUUCAUAAUGGUGUACCAAGAUCAUUUAACAAAAUUUGUUCUUCUGAAAGCGUUGAAAACGAAACGGGCGGAAGAAGUUGCAUAUUAUUUGUUCGACAUUUAUACUACGUUUGGAGCACCCGUCAUUUUACACUCAGAUAAUGGACGAGAAUUCGUUAACUCCGUCCUAACAGAACUUCACGCUAUGUGGAACGACAUAAAAGUCGUACACGGCAAACCGAGACAUAGCCAAAGCCAAGGCUCGGUGGAACGUGCCAACAGAGACAUUGAAGAAAUGUUGGCUACUUGGAUGGCAGAAAAUAAUAGUAAUGACUGGCCUUCUGGCUUAAAAUACGUACAGUUUCAUAAAAAUCGAGCCUUUCAUUCAGGUAUCGGCAGAUCACCUUACGAAGCGAUGUUUGGGUGUUCAGCAAGGGUGGGGUUGGCAUCAGCUGGAAUCCCUUACGAUGAAAUACCAAACCUUAAUUCUGAAGAAGAUUUCGAAGCAGCAGCAACAGCAGCACUACAAGAAGAUCAGCAAAUUAACGAAACUACUCUACGCAUACCAGCAGAUAAUGCAGAAGAUAGUACAUAUGAUAAUACAAGAGAUACUACAGAAGACAAUAGAGACGAUAAUGACAGUACAUCUGAAAUGAAAGCGCCUAAACAAACCAAGAAAACAGAAUCGGAUCCAGAAAUGAACAAGCGAGAUAAAGUUUUGGAGCCCUCACAGGUUUCACUGAAAUGCAAUACAUGCAACACUUUACUACCGGAUGGCGACACGGAUAUUAAAGGAAUUUGUUUCCACUGCAGAACUCAAGAAAAUAUCGUCAGUCACAGAAAGAAAUCUAGAGAAUGUUUGGAAAAGCAAGCGCAAAAAAUGAUGAAGUUAUCGAAUCAAAAAUUUUCGGAAGUGGAUGUGGGGGCCACUGUACGUGUUUUUGUACCUGAUGUUGACAGAGCACGUGGAUCGCCACGAAAUGUGCUAGCGGUGAUCACUCAGGUUGAGGAUAAUCUGUACAAGCUUUGUAGUACAGAAAGCGGUUUCUUAAAAUCCAAGUACACCACAUCCCAGUUCAAUCCUUGUAAAGAAAAACUUCUCGAUAAAGACCAACUUUUGCACGGAGCCACAGAAAAGGAAAUCACAUUGCGUGAAGCUGCUGCUUGCGCUAGUCCCUCUGGUUCUCAGGGAUACCAACGAUCUUUAACUGAGACCUGGUUGUCGCCAGCUAUUACUAUCGAGUCGUUGAGGAUUGAUGGGUAUAAUGUGGAAAGAGUGGAUGGGAUUAGUAGGGGUGGUGGCGGCUGUUUUUAUAUUAAAAACAAUCUUAAAUAUUCCAGACUCAAUACGUGA